GGUGGGAAAAAGUAGUUCUUCACAGAGAUGUCAAGGCCAGUAAUGUCCUACUGGAUGCUGAUUUUAAUGGGCGGCUAGGAGAUUUCGGGCUUGCUAGAUUGUAUGAUCAUGGUGAAAAUCCUAAAACAACCCAUGUGGUUGGAACUUUUGGGUAUAUUGCACCAGAGCUUGCUAAAACUGGGAAGGCAACUACUAGCACAGAUGUCUUUGCUUUCGCGGCGUUUAUGCUCGAAGUGGCUUGUGGACAAAGGCCUCUAAAGGUUCAUGGAUUUGAUGAUAAAAUUCUGGUUCAGUGGGUUUUGGAGAAAUGGCAAGAAGGAGCAAUCCUUGAGGCUAGUGAUCCCAGAUUGAGAGGUGAGUUUGUGGCGGAAGAAAUGGAGUUGGUUUUGAAGCUGGGCCUACUUUGCUCGCACUAUAAUCCAGUGUCUAGGCCUAGCAUGAGGCAAGUGAUGCAAUAUUUGGAUGGGGAUGCCAUGUUUUCGGAAGUAUUUAUUGAUGAUGCAGGUAUUGGUAUGGCCGCAUUAAUGGGGAAUGGGAUUUCAAAUGAAUUUGCAAUGACAUUUCCUUCAUCAUCAUCGGAGAAUAUUUCUGCUAAUGCCCUAUCUGGUACAGAGUCACUCCUCUACAUGGGACGUUAGAAUUGAGUAAGUUUUAUGUUUAAGAUAUGUUGGAUGGUUGUUUCAUUGUGUUUCGGGAAAAAAAACUAUAACUUGUUAAUAUUUAUGGUAGAUUUUGAAAUUUGAGGCAGUGUUGAACAACUAUAGCAUUUCACACACACACACACACACGAAAAAACCCUCCUGUGCAAGGAAAUUGUCA